GCGGUGCGUCCUCCCCGACAGAAGGCGCAGUGAGGGCCGCAGAGAGGAGCCGGGCACGCGGGUAGAAGCUCCUUCUCCUCCGGGUAGAAGCUCCUUCUCCUCCGGGUAGAAGCUCCUCCUCCUCGGGUUGAGGAUCUCCUCUGAAGCAGCCGGAGCCUUAACGCGCGGCUCCUGGAGACCGUUAUACGCGCGCGUCUGUGUGCGUAACGGGAGGAGAAGCCACCUGUCCCGGGUCCCGGAGGACGAGAAGGUCCCGGAUCCACGUCCCUGAGGAGCAGACUCAGGCAGAGGAGCCGCAGGAACAUGCGCAGCCCCGGGAGGAGCGAGGAGGACUGAGAGCUUCCAGCUGGAGAAGCUUCCACUGGACAGGAUGGAUGGAGAGAACCCUGCUCUGUCAGGAGGAGCGAGGAGGACUGAGAGCUUCCAGCUGGAGAAGCUUCCACUCGACAGGAUGGAUGGAGAGAACCCUGCUCUGUCAGGAGGAGCAGGGGAGAGAGAGAGGGAGAGAGAGAGACUCCCACCGAUCCACAGCAGCUCCGCUCCAGCUGGUUUGGGGCGAGGAGUCAAGCAGCCGCUUCCGUCUCUCGGAACCUUCAUCUCCACGCUGAGCCAGAGGAGGGACUUAGGGGGGCGGGGCUUGGCUGGCGGCAUGACGGGCACCCUGGGGCUCCGACACGGGAGAGAGCUUCCUCCGAUCUGUGGCGACGUCCGUCAGAAGCAGCGUUUCUCCAUCGACACGCUGCCCCCGGAGGUCAAAGCUCCGUUCCCCCCCGAGCCCGUCAUCCCGCUGAGGACCAAGACCACCAGGGAGUUCCAGGAGGACAUGGAGCAAGCCGUCCAAUCAGAGGACUGGAGGGACGUCCGGGAGUUCUACCUGACCACCUUUGACUCCUUCAUAGAAAUCAACGCUGCCUUCAAGCGAGAGGCGAACGGAUCGUUCAACACCAUCGACGACUCAGGAGUCAACGCCAAGUUUGUCAACGCUGUUUACGACGCACUGCUCAGCACACCACAGGACAUCCAGAAGUCCGUGUUGAAGGGGAUCAUCAACAGUCUGCUGAGGGAGUGGAAAGGGCCGCGCAGCAAGGACGACCUGCGAGCGUAUUUCAUUCUGCUUCAGAGUCCCCAGUAUUCAAGCACCAACACGUAUGUGAUCUUUGCUCACCUGCUGAGGCAGAUCGCAGUUCUGUCCGAGGCCGACCACCACUUCCUGGUUCACUGGCUCAAAAGGCUGUCCACACGGCGCUUCAGGCAGUUAGUAGAGCGCCUCCUGCAGUUCAUAUCCACCCGCCUGUUUCCUGCCGAGCCAGACGAACUUCCACCUCUGGCCAAAUGCUCCUGGUGGAUCCCGUCUGCCACCAAAGUGCUCAGCCUGUUCAAUGCAGCCAACAGCGUCUCGUCUUUUCCCAUCAUGCCUUUCACUGACUUCUACAACAUCACCCUGGAGCACACAGACUUCAUGGAGGACUACAGGACCUGGCAGAACUACGGCAACUCCAACAGAUUUUCCUUCUGUCAGUUUCCCUUCAUCCUGUCGACCGUGGUGAAGAAAGCCAUCAUCCAGAAAGACUCCGAGCAGCAGAUGAUCAGUCAGGCCAGGCUAAGCCUGGUCAGUAAGGUGUCUCGCAGGCAGAGAGUCGACAUGAACCUUCUGUUCCUCAACAUUAAAGUACGACGGGCGCAGCUCCUCAGCGACUCACUGGAUGAGUUGAUGAGGAAGCGGUGCGACCUGAAGAAGAAGCUGCGGGUGACCUUCGUUGGGGAGGCGGGGCUUGACAUGGGCGGCCUGACGAAGGAGUGGUUCCUGCUGCUGGUUCGACAGAUCUUCCACACAGACUACGGGAUGUUCACCGACAUGAAGGACUCACGCUGUCAUUGGUUCAGCAGCUGGAAGUGUGACAACUACUCUGAGUUCCAGUUGGUCGGGACUCUGAUGGGUUUAGCAGUUUACAACAGCAUCGCUCUGGACAUCCACUUCCCUCUCUACUGCUACAGGAAGCUCCUUGCUCCGCCCACUGCACCAUGUGACCAGAACGCCCUGGUCGGCAUGGCGACGGCCACCCUGGAGGACCUGCAGCAGAUCAUGCCAGAGCUGGCUCACGGCCUGGGAGAGCUGCUGAGCUACGAGGGGAACGUGGAGGACGACUUCUACCUCACCUUCCAGGUGUUCCAGGAGGAGAUGGGCGUGGUCAGAUCCUACAACCUGAAGCCGGGAGGAGACAGAAUUCCUGUGACCAAGCAGAACAGGAAGGAGUACGUUCAGCUCUACGUCGACUUCCUGUUGAAUAAAUCCAUUUAUAAACAGUUUGCUGCCUUUUACCACGGCUUCCACAGUGUGUGUGCCUCCGACGCACUCAUGCUGCUGCGGCCGGAGGAGGUGGAGAUGCUGGUGUGCGGCAGCCCGGACCUGGACAUGAGCGCUCUGCAGAGAGCUGCUCAGUACGAAGGAUACAACAAGACGGACGCCACGGUUCGGUGUUUCUGGGACGUGGUCCUCUCGUUCCCUCUCGAGCUGCAGAAGAAGCUCCUGCACUUCGCCACAGGAAGUGACCGUGUUCCUGUCGGAGGAAUGGCCGACCUCAACUUCAAGAUCUCCAAGAUCGACGUCCCCAUCGACUGGUUGCCGAUCUCUCACACCUGCUUCAAUCAGAUCGGCCUGCCGGCGUACCGCACCAGGAAGGAGCUGAAACACAAACUCACCAUCGCCAUCUCCAACGCCGAGGGCUUCGGCCUGGAGUGACACACACACACACACACACACACACACACACACACACACGGUGGAUCAAUGAGACAAACAGUCACUUCGAUCACAUGAAGAAAUAGAACAAUAGAAGUUUUCAGUUUCAUGAAUCAGUAGAAAUCUGUGUCAGCCUCAGAAAAACCUCACGGGUCAAAUAAAUGAAUUGUUCAAAUAUUUAAAUCCUCUGACUGUAACUUCUCUGUGUUCUUAGUUAUUAUCAGUGUUCGUUGUUAUUGUCUCUGACUCAGUAAAAACAUUCAGAAGAAGAAUCAACCAGUUUUCCGAUGAAUGAAUUUUACUCUGAAGUGAUGCGACAGGAAGUGACAGACGGAGGUCAGAGGUCAGAGUUUGUUCUGUGUGGAUUCUGAUGAUGUCACCGAUGUUUUAAAUGUGUUUCCUGUCACAGUUUGUUGAAGAAUCACGAGAUGUGGAUUUCCAUGUGAAUAGUUUAUUUUCCGACAUGGUUUCACUGAAGUGACGGCUGCAGCAGAAAAAAGUUUUAUCUUUUAAAUGUCGUGUGACUGAAGACGAGCGGUUGAUUGACAGCUCAGUGUUCUUUAAUGUUCAUGUCAGUCGAUAUUGAUGACUUUUUUAUUAUUAUUUCUUUCAACAGAGUGAAGUUUGUAGUUUUAAACGUCUUUGUCAGCAGAUGAUGAGGAUGAAAAUGAUAUUGUGAUAAUUCUUGAUAUUGUUUAAUCGUCUGUUAUCACAGAGUCGAGAUCUAAGAGCCUCUAAACUCUGCUCAAACUUUAUUUUAGUUCCACGUCUGUGCUGCAGCUCAGUCCUGCGUGAGGUUUCCAUGGCGACGUGUCUGAGGUCCUAGCGAUGCACUCACACAACUAGACGUAACCAAGCAACGGUCAGGAACUCGUCUGGCUGCAGAACCUCACAUCACAGGAUCCGGGCCAGUUCUCCUCUGAAUGAGUCUCCUCUGUGAGCUCGUCCAGCGCUGAGGAGACAGACACGGACACGUCUUCAAGACACGUCCACGUCCCAGUGGAGACGGACAGAGAGACUGAGGAGGCGUUCAGGCUUCACAGCGGGAGAUAAAUUCAUCAAUGUUUAAAUUUUUCGGUGUGUGGGACCAAACUGUGUCGGGUCAUACAGUGGCAAAAUGUGUGUGCACAUGACAGGAAAGUCCUGUUUUUAUUAUUUAACAGCUGAAACCGUUGUGUUGUGUUUUCUGAUGUAAAGUCUUUCCAGCGAUGAAGCUUCUGUUUCUCACGUCUUCUAUAACGAAACUGUACCGAUGAGUUCUCUCACGUUUCUGCAGUAAAGCUCCUCCCUCUGGAAAAGAUUCA